GCGCAGCUGGGCCGAGCCCCGCCCCGCUCGGGGUCUCACCUGCUCCCGGCCCGCGCCGCGACCCCCGCCCCGCCGGCAGCGCCAGCACGGCCGCCCCCGCCGCCUCCGCCGCCUCCGCAGCCCCCGGCGCCGUCCGCGGCGCAGGCGCUCGGUCCCUCCCGAGCCGCCCCGUCCCUUCCUGCCGCCGCCGGAAGCAGCGCCCGGGAUGGCGGCGGGCGGCGGCGCGUAGCGCGGGCUCGCCGCCAUGCCCAGGUACUACGAGGACAAGGAGGAGGACGGGCGCGCCUGCAGCGGCGUGCGGGAGGACCUGCGGCAGUGCCUGCUGGAGAGCCCCUGCGUCCUGCGGGAAAACAAAAGCCCUAAACAAUGCUUGAGGGAAGGACACUGUAGGAGUUUGCAAGUGACAUUCUUUGCAUGCAAAAGAUCAAUGUUGGAUACCAGGGCAAGAUUCAGAGGAAGGAAGGGAUACUGAAGUCCUCGUCAAGAGACCUCACCAUGGAGCUUUGGGGUUCAUCAACACUCUACACAAAACAGAGACUAAAACAGGAAGAUGGUACCUGCUGCAUCCUUUCAUACAGCAUUUUCAUGGAAGGUGUCUACUCCUGAGUAUUCCAACAGAUUAACCUGGAUGUGCAUUUAAAUGCUAAAAAGAAGGCAAGCAUAAAGCUGCAAGUUCUGGCCAAAAUGGGUACCUGUCAUGUACUUGCAAUAAAAAUGUGAAAUUCAGAACAAGCUGCAGAAGUUGUAAUUAUGUUUUGAAGUUGUCUUUUGUGACUUUACUGUAAAUUCUGAUAAUCUUUUACUAUUAGAAAUUAUACAAGGUAUGGAACUGGGAGUUCACUUGAUGUGUUGAGGAAGCGUUUCCUUAGUAGAUGACCAUCUCAGAGGGUUUCUCAGACUAGAGCUAUUUUCAGAGAUGAGGACUUGACCAAGGUUGUAAAAUGUGUGUGCAGGCUGCUUCCUCUCCAGUAGAUUGGCUACUCAAUAAACCUGUAACAGAUGAGAGCAGUGCUGUUUUUCAGUUCCACACUGCUAAGGAAGUGGGAUUUAUGGGAGUAAGAAGCAUUAAAUAGUGCUUGAACCAUGACUGUGGUAAAUGUUAACUGGUUCUGUAUAAGACCUGCUUUACCAAAGGAACAUUUCCUUUUUCUUCCUUCAGCGUCCCCGCCUCUUUAAGUGUCAAGCCUUUAAGAAAUAAAUGGUGUUGUAACUCUUACAUGUGGAAACUCAACUUCAGACUGAAGUUAUUUGUGAAGCAAGAUGAGGAAAUAGUGAGAAGGAAGAGAGCCAUGGUAACUUUUCUUGGCUGAAGUUUAUAGCCAUGUAAUGAUACACAUUCAGUCUGAACAGAUGCAUGCUACACUUAUUGUGUGUUUCUAAAACUGAUGACUUCAGUGAAUGAGCACAUGUUGACUAUUUAAUUCUGUCUUCAGCAACUGUUCUGUAAUGAGUCAGAGAAUGUUUAUAUUCCAUGUAUGUGUAGGACUUUAUUUUUGCCACCUAAAUCAACUCUGAUUUCACAUUUUUGUGUUCUGUUGAUCAUGUGGAAGCUAGUUCAUUUGUUCAAGUGCUGUAAGCGUCCUCUGUUUUCCACAGCCUACUUAACCCUAUUAUCUUUUUACAUACACUAAAAUGAUCAUUUAUGUCCAUAAGAAUAUUUUUAACUUAGCACUCUAAUUCCAAAGUAUUACUCACAAGCCUUUUCCGGGAGGAAAAACAUAAAAAAGGUACUAAAAAUAAAUAUAAUGCCAGAUGGCAGGUAUUUUAAUGUCAUUUAGAGAGAGGAGUGGCAAUAGUAUGUGAGGUGGUAAUCAAGGAUUCUUCCAUGGUAUGCCCAUGGUAUACAUGGGUUUGUAGGUUAAGUGUUCAAGUGAUCUUUAUUCCUUUCUCAGCCAUAAUCACUAAGCCUCUCCUGAUGGUCCUAAUGGAGCAGAAACAUUGCUACAUCUUAGACAGACAUACUUGUUUCUAGUAAUCAGCUUGAUCCAGUGGAGACCAAGUGUUAAAAUUAAAUCCAUUGAAUAUUUAUGGUUUAGUAAUUAACAGAACACAUGUAUUAUUUGAUCCAAAAGAAUAUUAGUGUCAAAACUUCCUAAUGGUUCACUAAACUACCUAGGAUGGUAUAAAAAUACCAGCAGUAGUUUGAUACUGAUUUGCUCAAGAGACUUGUUCAGUUCCAAUAUUGUGUAACAUAAUACUCUGUCUAAAGAUAAGUAAUUAUAUAAUUGUCUUGGGACUUUGAGCACUGUCCAGCUUGAGAGAUAUGAAUGCUCCUUUGGGAAAAAUAGUUCAUUUCAUUAAUGCCUUAAGUCCUAUGCAUUUGAUUACAGCUUUUUCCCUAAAGCACAAAAUUAUUUCAUUUAAAUAUAUUGAUGUUUUUAUCUCAUGCCUUGUGCUACUUUACUGACUUUUACUAAAAAAAAGACAUGUUUCUAUUCUUUGGUAGAUUUUGCAAGAUGAGAUCUAUGAAAUUGGGUUGUUGAGGGCCAAUGGUUGGCAUGGUGCUAAAAGGCUAAUACUAGUUUCAGAACCCCAAAUAUAAGCAGUGCUAAUAAUUUGUACUGAAUAAAGAAUAGAGUUUGCAAAGACCUCA